UUUCUUCCUGCUGGGCCCCGCCCCUCCCCCCAGGCCGGACCCGCCCCUCCCCCACCCCGGAGAGGGGGGCGGGGCCACGGAGGAGAAAUGGGGCGUGGUCAAGAUGGAGCUGCUCUACUUCCCCUCCUCGCCCCUCCCCCACAGCGCCCAGUACCGCACGCUGCAGCUCCUGUACCAGGCCGGCGUCUUCGUCUCGCGCUCGUCGCUGCGCUGCCUCCGCCUGCGGCGCCUCUGGGGGCUGGCGCUGGCACAGGUGCUGCUGGCCUCGUUCCUAUUGGCCGCCGUGGCUGUCAAUCAGCUGCUGCCCGGGCUGGGCGUGGCCGCGGCGCUGGCGGUGGGGGAGGGGCUGCUGGGGGGCGGGGCCUACGGGAACGGAUUCGCCAACCUGGCCCAGGAGGUGCCCCUCCCCCAGCAGCCGCUGGCCGUCGCUGUGGUCACUCUGCUGGCCGAAGUCGCCAUCGCCGCGGCCGGAGGGGUCGCCCUGGGGGCUCACGCCGCCUUCGACCACUGGAUUGACCCAUGGACUGGUCACUGAGUGACCACUGAGUGACCCCUGAGUGACCACUGGAUUGACCCAUGGACUGGUCACUGAGUGACCCUUAGAGUGGCCUUGGAGUGACCACAGAGUGACCAUUGAGUGACCGCUGAGAGAUCCUUGGAGUGACCACAGAGUGACCACUGGAUUGGCCUCGGAGAGACCACUGAGUGACCACUGCAUUGACCCAUGGACUGGUCACUGAGUGACCACUGAGUGACCUUCAGAGAGACCCUGAAAGUGACCAUGGAGUGACCACUGAGUGACCACGGAGUGACCGCUGGAUUGGCCUUGGAUUGACCCUUGGACUGGUCACUGAGUGACCAUGGAGUGACCACUGGAUUGGCCUCGGAGUGACCACUAAGUGACCCCUUGAACUGACCACGGAGUGACCAUGGAGUGACCACUGAGUGACCACUGGAUUGGCCUUGGAUUGACCCUUGGACUGGUCACUGAGUGACCAUGGAGUGACCAUGGAGUGACCACGGAGUGACCCUGGAAGUGACCACAAAGUGACCACUGGAAGUGACCCUUGGACUGGUCACUGAGUGACCAC